AUGGACGGAAAGACGCCCCAACGCGCAGUGGACAUGUUCUGGAAGAGCUUCCAUACAAAAGCUCCUGGAAAAGCGACCGCUGUUAUCCCGGACAAGAAGCGAACCAAGAGCAAAAAGGCAGCCAAGGCAGCGCCGCCACCUUCCACACAGCGCGCCGAGGCCUCCUACGAAGUCGCCGCCGCAACCUGCCGGGCCAAGGUUGCCAAAAUCGUGCAGGACUGCCGUCGCGUGAACCGCAAGUACCGCGAUCCGCACUUUAACAUUGAGUUCGACCUCAAGCUCAACCAGCGCGAGUGCCUCGAGUCACUGUCCAACGCGGUGCCAGACCCCGAGACGGGCGCGCAUCCAGCGGCCCCCGGCGCUGAUUUACUGCCGCGCAGCGCCAAGCGAGUCCCAGAGAUUUUUACCAAGCCGCGGUUUUACAUUAAUGGCCCGACGGCGAACGACGUCAAGCAAGGCAACGAUGGGGACUGCUGGCUAAUGGCGGCGUUGUGCGCGCUGAGCUUCAAAGAGGGGCUGAUUGAGAAGCUCUGCGUGGCGCACGACCAGGAUGUGGGCGUGUACGGCUUUGUCUUUUAUCGCGAUGGGGAGUGGAUUUCGGAAAUUGUUGACGAUUUUCUGUACCUCACAAAGGCGGACUACGAUGCUCAGCAGAAUGACCGCAUCAUGUUUGACGAGCUGGACUAUAGAAACCCGCAAGAGGCAUACACGCGCAUCUUUCAGUCCAACAGCAACUCACUCUACUUUGCGCAGUGCGAGCAUCCACAGGAGACCUGGCUGCCGCUAUUGGAAAAAUGCUAUGCUAAAGCCCACGGCGACUAUGCCGCUAUUGAAGGCGGGCUCGGCGGCGAAGGAGUCGAGGACCUUACCGGCGGUGUAGCUUCCGAGUUCUUUGCCACCGAUAUUCUUGACAAGGAGCACUUUUGGAAGCAAUUGCUGCAAGCGAACAAGGAAUUCCUUUUUGGCUGCAGCACCGGUGUUUUCGGCGGCGGGUUCGGGAGCCGAAAGGGCAUCAUCGAGAACCAUGCUUACUCCAUUCAGCGCGUCGUCGAGAUUGAAGGUCAGCGCCUGAUUCUGCUGCGUAACCCUUGGGGCAAGGGUGAGUGGAAGGGCGCGUGGGCGGACGGCUCCAAGGAAUGGAGCCCCGAGUGGAUGAAGAAACUCGAACACAAGUUUGGCGAAGAUGGCGAGUUUUGGAUCUGCUAUGAAGAUCUGCUGCGCCACUACCAGUGCUUUGAGCGCGUCCGUCUGUUCGGCCCUGAGUGGAACGUGUCCCAAAUAUGGACGACUCUCCAUAUCCCCUGGGUGCAAGAGUACAACGAGACGUACUUUUCUUUCAGCACGACUCAGUCGGGACCAGUAGUCAUUGUGGCAUCACAGCUUGACGAUCGUUAUUUUCGUGGUCUCGAGGGUCAGUACAUGUUUCAGCUGUCUUUCCGCGUGCAUAAGGCUGGCGUCGCAGGCUACAUUGUGCGCAGCGAGACAGCCCACCGCAUGCGCCGGUCAGCCAACGUAGAGUUGGAUCUCGAGGCCGGCGCUUACGAAGUGUAUGUCAAGAUUAAGGCGUGGAGGAACGACUACGUGCUGCCUGUGCAGGCGACCAUCCGCAAGUGGGCCAAGUCGAAGCGCGACAAGGUGAGCCGGAUCGGCAAAGCAUACGACCUGGCGCACAGUCGCGGCCAGAUCAUCGAGUCCAAGGAAGAGAAAAAGGUGCGCGAGGCGUACGAGAACCGCAGGAUGCAAAAGAAACGUGCUGUGGCCAAGCGCGACUUGCAGAAGCGUUUCAAGGAUGCGUAUUAUCAGAAGAAAAAGGAGCAUGAGAGGAGUCAGACCCGCGCGGCAAAGAAGAAGGAGAAGACGAAGGCCAAGGCAGCGGAAAAUGCCAAGGCCAAGGAAGAGAGAAAGGCGGCGAAGGCGGCGGCGAAGGAGGCAGCAGCCAAGGAGCUCGCGAAGCAGAAGGCCACAGCGGAUGGGGUUGCUGCCAAGGAUGAGACUUCCAAGACGAACGGCGUGGAGGCAGCUGAGAUGAAGAAGGAGGUUGAAAGUGCCGACCUUGAUGGGAAAAGUGAGAGCAAAGAAGUGGCCAAGGAUGUGGCUAAGGGAGACUCUGCGGAAGCCUCGAAGAAGGAAUCUCAGAUAGAAGACAAGGAGGAACUCACGGGGCCUACAAAGGAAGCGAUUGAGCAAAAACCCAAAGAAGAACCCAAGGAGGAGUCCAAGGAGGAGUCCAAGGAGGAGUCCAAGGAAGAGACUGGGAAAGAAGAGGCGAAGGAGGAGUCCGAAGACUCUGAAGAGCCGGAAUCGGACUCGGACAAUGAGAGUUUGGCCUCCUUCACCGACUACUCCGACGGCGAGCUCGAUAUUCAAAUCGAUGCCCUGGAGCGCGACGACCCCAACAUGUUUGACAGCUCCGCCGAAGAGGAGGACAGCGACGAGGAAAACGGGCUCUUUGCCAAGGACCCCUGGAACGCCGUCGCCGUCGUCGGCCUGCGCGUGUACCACAAGACUACCGCUCCAGGCGACACGGUGACUCUGGGCGUAGUGCGUCCGAACCCGUACGUGGAGACGAGCGAAAGCGAUGAGGAAGGCACCGGUGGUGGUGGUGGUGUAGAGGGCAAAGGCAAAGGGAGUGUGCUGGAUGUGGAUGACUCGGCGAUGGACGCGACGCUGGAAGGGGAGCUGAAGGAGAAGAAGGAGGUGAUUAUGGGCCUGAGAAAGACGCCCGCAUAG